CGCCGUCCAAUGAAAUUCGUGUCCAAUAGGCUAAUAAUUGUCUGGUUACUCGGGCGUCACACUCGAACAGAAUCACCAUCACCGUCACUCUAGACUAACUUCCCGACCAAUUUCCCCCUUUUUUUUUAUUUCACAAAUAAAUAAAACACGCGCUUUUUCUCCUUUUUCGAUUCGACGAAUCCAUCAAUAGUAAAAGAGAAGAAGAGGAGAGAUGUCACUGCGAAGGAAUUUUCUGUCCCGACGCAUUUCGAAUCGAUCCUUCUCGCUUUCUUCUAAAUCAGUGAAAGAGCUGAAGAAUUUUGAUAGUGUAAAUCGCGAUCGUAUUUAUGACGUCAAUAAUAGUAACAAUGUUAUGAGAAGUGGAGAUGGUGAAGGGGAGGAUCUUCAAAGCGCUGCCGUUUGGGGUACCGGAGAGAUGGCUCCGACGCCGUCUCGGUGGUCGAGUAUGCUGCCGGAGCUGUUAGGUGAGAUUAUACAGCGGGUGGAGGCUAGUGAAGAUGUGUGGCCGCGCCGCCAAAACGUCGUCGCUUGUGGAUGCGUUUGUAAGGGCUGGAGAGAGAUUACAAAAGAUGUUGUGGCGUCAUCCUCUCGUCAGCCUGACGGCGCUGCCAAAAUUACCUUUCCUUCCUGCCUCAAAAAGCCGGGGCCGCGUGAUGCUCCACUUCAAUGUCUUAUAAAACGCGACAAGAAGAAUGGGACAUUUCGCCUUUACCUUGCUCUUUCACCAUCAUUCAUGGAUGAGGGAAAGUUUCUCUUAGCAGCAAGACGAUAUGGAAAGGGUACCCACUCUGAGUACAUAAUAUCUCUUGAUCCUGAUGAUUUUUCUCAAGGAAGUAAUGCCUAUGUUGGAAAACUGAGGUCAGAUUUCCUAGGCACCAAUUUUACCAUUUAUGAUAGCCAACCUCCACACAAUGGAGCUAAACCAUCAAGCAGCAGGGCUGGCCGUCGUUUUGCCAGCAAGCAGAUAAGCCCCCAAGUACCAGCGGGUAAUUUUGAAAUUGGAGAAGUAUCAUAUAAGUUCAACCUCCUGAAAUCAAGAGGUCCAAGAAGGAUGGUAUGUGCACUGAAGUGCCCUUGGUCAGAGGACAUUUCUGUCGACAAAGUAAAUGGUGAUUCAAAAACAGAGAGUUCUUUGUCUGCUAUUUCGAGCUAUACUGUUUUGAGAAACAAAGCUCCCAGAUGGCACGAGCACUUGCAAUGUUGGUGUUUGAAUUUUCAUGGUAGGGUAACAGUUGCAUCAGUUAAGAAUUUUCAACUCGUUGCAACAGUGGAUCAAAGCCAGCCAGAUGGAAAAGGGGACGAGGAGACAGUUCUUCUCCAGUUUGGCAAGGUGGGAGAUGAUAUUUUCACCAUGGACUAUAGGCAGCCUUUGUCAGCCUUCCAGGCAUUUGCCAUUUGCCUUACCAGUUUUGGCACUAAACUGGCCUGCGAGUAAGAAUGGCGGCCGCCAUAUCCACGAGACUAAUUACCGUUGCCGUUUAUGAGGAGGCUCUUUUGAUAUGCUUCGUCUUUAAAGUAUCUUCAGAUAAUUCUGAUUUGCCUUUCCCAAGUCAAUGCACGUCAUAAUAUUUUGUAUAGAUAAGUUAGUCAAAGGUGGAAUUUUUAGUAUCUGAUGAUCAUCAUGUACUGAUCUUAAUAACUAUUUGAAAUUUCAAAGCUUUAAUGUUUCUUA